AUCACACAGCAUCUCACAGGGCUAUUUAAACUGUGGACAAGAAAAAGCCACCCCCUUGAGCCAAGGGUCCUGCCUACAUGUGCUGCUGAGUCUGCUCCUCCACAUUGGUAGGAGAAAAGCCAGCCAACAUGCCACCCAAGAAGGAUGCCCCAGUGAAGAGGCCAGUAGCCCCACCGCCCAAGACAGCAGCUAAACCAGCAGCAGCAAAACCAGUAGCCCCAGCAGCUAAAGGCAAAGCGCCAGAAACAGCACCAGCAGCACCUCAGAAGCCCAAAGAGCCCCCAAUCGACCUCUCCAAAGUGGUGAUUGAAUUUACUAAGGAGCAGUUGGAGGAUUACAAGGAGGCCUUUGGGCUCUUUGAUCGGGUCGGCGAUGGCAAAAUCCAGCUGAGCCAAUGUGGAGAUGUGAUGAGAGCCCUGGGCCAGAACCCCACCAAUGCUGAGAUCAUGAAAGUCCUGGGACACCCCAAGGCUGAUGAGCUGAAUUCAAAACGGGUGGAGUUUGAAGAGUUCCUGCCCAUGCUACAGACCAUUGACAAGAAUAAAGAUCAAGGCACCUAUGAAGAUUACGUGGAGGGGCUGAGGGUCUUUGAUAAAGAGGGGAAUGGUACUGUCAUGGGGGCAGAGCUGCGCCAUGUCCUUGCCACUCUUGGUGAAAAAAUGACAGAGGAGGAAGUGGACACCCUGUUGGCUGGGCAUGAAGAUGCCAAUGGUUGCAUUAAUUAUGAAGCCUUUGUUAAACACAUCAUGGCAAGCUGAGCUGAUGUCAACAAAGUCGCUUAAAAUGGUGCUGAACCCUUCAAACGGGUUUCCUCAGUCCGUUGCUCUCCUGUGCUGUCGGUAUUCCUUUUGUUUCUGCCUUUGUAUAAACACAACCUGCCACCAAUCCCUUUCCCCACCCCCACAUUGGCUGCAAAGUCAUUUUAUUUAUAUUACGUGGGAACAUCAGUGAGUGAUCACCCAUUGAAGCAGAAGGGGGCACCAGUGAAAUGUUUUACACACACAGCCUCAACCUGAAACCUACAUUCUUCAGUCACUGGACUCUAUAAACACAAAUAAUUUCAUUCCCUCCUA